AGAUGACAGUAUUACUGCCCUUUAUGAAAGUGAAGUAGUUUAUGUACGUCGUAUAUGCGAUUAUUCAACAGCUUUGUAACAUUCGAUUAAUUCGAUUGUUUCAUAAUUCGUUUAAGUUAAAUUCAUCGGUAGCAGUGAAGUGAAUUUUUUUGAAUUAAAUAAAUUUAUAUCGGAUAUUAACACGUUGAAAUAUGUUUAAUUGAAGAUCAAUAUAUAUUUACAUAUGAAUAUUUUGAUGAUCGAAGGCCAAUGUUUACUCAAUAUUGAGUUUUUCUAUUCUAAAAUUUAUCUGUUUUUAAGAAGUCUUUGGACACUAACGCCGCAUAGCGUUAAAAAUCAUAAGUACACGUUCAGUAGUUAAAUUAGGUUCAGCACCUGUUCAAAAUUUUAUCAGUUAUACGCGAUUUAAUAUUUCUUCAUUAAUUUAAACAAUAGAAUUUUUAAAUAUCUGAUCUGUCCAUUUGUAAAUUAUUUUAUUUAAUGCGCUGUCAAAUUUUUUUUAUAUUUGUUCAUAAAAAUGCAUACUAAUAUACGACUUUAUUUAUUUCUUUUCUAUUUCAAUUUAAUUGUUUUUAUUCGUUCGGAAAAAAACGAAAGUGUUUUUGUACCAUCACGUGAAUGGCAAACCAUAAAAAAAGGUGAACCAAUACCAGGAGGAUUACAUGUACGACAUAAUUUUCAAACUGGAGUUACGGAAGCUAAAUUGAUGGAUGACGAGGAAACAAAGGAAAAAGAUUUUAAUGAAAAUACCAAUCAAUCUCAUUCAAAAUCGUUGAUAUUACACCCGGACAAAACAUUGCUGAAAUCAGAAGAUGAUGAAUCUGUGAAAUCUACAAAAACUAAAGAAUCAGAAACAUUAAAAGUAUCGAUUAUGGAAUUAAAAGCUAGAUUGAAGAAGAUUAAAGAAAGCGUAACUGAUUUAACAUCUGAAAUAAAUGAAGAAAGUACGCAGGCAAAACUGAUGCAGAAAAUGAAAGCUUAUGAAACAUUGAAAGAAGAAUUGAAAUUGUCCAAAGUUAAUAUUACCACAGAUGCCGAGAUUUUGAAUAAUUUAUUCAAGAAAUUUCAAUUAUACAAAGAUCCCAUGCGUACAUCUUCUUUAUUGAAUAUAGAAAUUGAAAUCAUUUUGGAUAUACUUAAUGGUUUUGAAUAUUUGAUCCAUCAAAUCGACAUUGCUCGUUUAUUUGCAGAUAUGGAAGGUAUAAGUAAUAUCAUAUUACCAUGUCUGAAUAGUACGUACAAUGAAAUAAAAGCAGAAGGGUUAAGGCUUUUAGGUGCUGCUGUUCAAUCUAAUCCAAAAGUACAAGCGAAAGCAUUAGAAAAAGAUUUGAUACAGAAACUUCUACAUAUAUUAUCAACAAAUAGUAAAAUUUUGGUAAAGUCCAGAUGUCUUUUUGCAUUGAGUGCCUUAGUACGUCAGUUUCCUGCUGCCCAGAAAGCUUUGCUUGAUCAUGGUGGUUUAGAAAUUUUUGGAAAGAUCUUGAGCAAUAAUCAGUUACAAACACAAUUAAAAGUUAUGAAACUUAUUAAUGACUUGAUCGUCGAAAGGCAAGAUAUAGAAAAAAUUUCUGAUAUUAAGAAACGUGAUGCGAAAGCAAAAGAAUAUGCUACCACAGAUUUUGAACAAAAAUUAUUAAUGCAUAGAUAUUGCAAAUAUUUAAAUGAUUUAAUGAUCAAAAGUUUCAAGUAUGAGCUUCGUGAUCAAAAUGAAAUUGACAAUUAUGAAUUACUAGAAGUUGUAAGUGAAAGUAUGAUUAUGAUUAAUCCCAUAUGUAAAAACGAAAUUUAUAUCAAACAUAUACUCCUAAAAGUUAUAAACGACGUGUUAAAUCAUUAUCAAAAUUUAACUGGUAGUGUAGAAUUAGAUGACGCCGACAUAAUCAAUAAUCAGAUACAACUAAUUAAAAAAUUGAAGGGAGUCCUUGAAAUGUCCUUGCAUGAAGAAUUGUAAAUAACUUUGAUGGAGUUUGUAUACAAGAUAGAAUAUAAUUAUGUAUCAUAAAUAAGUUUAACACAGGGAAAGAGAAUAACAUUUUCUUAUUAAUAUUUAAUGGUGCAAAGCAAUGACCCUUAUAAAACAGAACAUGAAAUUGUGAUCCUGAAACAAAAGAUUUAUCAUUAUGUUUUAUAUCUACAAAAAUUAUAAUGUAUUAUAAAGGCUGUAAAUAGGUUAUUAUUCUAUGUGACUGAUUAUUUUAUAUAAUGUGAUUCAUAUAGUCUAAAUCAGAACAAGUUUAUAAAAACAAAAACAAUAUAUAUUAUUUAUUUUCAAUUUGAAAUUUCUUAUAAACGUGUUUUGAUUAUAGACCAAUGUAAAAAAUGUAAUAUACAAUACACAUAUAUAUAUAUAUAUAUAUAUAUAUAUAUAUAUAUAUAUGUAUAUAUAUAUUUAUAUGUACGUGUAUAUAUGUGUAUAUAAAUAUACAUACUACAGAGUGAUAUUCUCUUUCCGUUUGGUAAAAAGUUAAUAUAAAUUGUAUUAAAGAAAAAAAAAGUUAAAAUCUUAAAGACAUCAAAUCUAUUUUUUGUCAUCUUGAUGUACUCUUGCAACAUUUUUUAAUUAGACUUAAUUUUUCGAAAUUCGUAGAUUAAAAUUAAUAUCACUCUGUUAACAUAUAUAUAUACAUACACACAUACAUGUGCAUAUUUAUACAUAUUUAUAUAUAUACACAACGUAUGAAUGUUUUUAAAACUAUAGGAAACUAGAAUAUAGAAGAGUACUAUGUUUUUAAUAUAUAAUUAAUAUCAAAUUAUGUUAGAGUAAAAAAAACAACAAAAAAAAUGCACAAAUGUUAUAUUUUCACUAUUUGAGAGCAAUUAUUUAUUAAAUUAUUUUGCAGAUCUAGUUAUAUCGUCUACCUCAUUAUAUAUACUAAUAAUUAUAUUGACAAAAUUGUUUUCAAUAUAGGAUAUUAUUAUGAUACAAAUAUAACCGGAUAGAAUAUAAUAUAGUUUAUUUACAAAUUUUAAUGAUUACAUAUAUUAAUUGGACUCAUUAUUAUGUCAUAACUUUCAAAAAAUAUUAAUACGUGGAGAAAUAUAUUUUAAAACAGGGUUUGUAUAUACAGGUGCUUUGGAAAGGCACUCAUGUACCAUGUUAAUUAUUUUUCUUUUUUUCUAUUUCUCUUUUUGUUGUUUAUUCUUUUUUUUUUUUCUUUUUAUUAUUAUUAUGUUGUUUUUCUUCUUUUGAAAAGAAUACCUUGUUCUUCUACCUUUUAAGUACAAGGAUUGUUUUAGAUCAUAUAUAAUUACAAUGACA